AUGUCUCCAUCACCAUCUCCUUCUACAGAAUCGUCUUAUUUGUCAUCUCAGUCUACAGUAUCGAAUAUAAGUAAUGGUAAUGCCGCAAUCAAUGAAACAGUCAGUGUUGAUACAGAUCUUGAACUGGAUGAACGUGUAUCAGAGCCAGAAAACACAGAAAUGGUGCCAGGUCUUCGAAAUGAACCUCAUGUUGUUUCUCCUGCCAGCCCACCUUCCGUUAUUCAAGCUACUCCAGAACCUGAUUCCACUACUACUGUGAAUUUUUUCCCUCCUGCUGCUACAAACCAAACUUCCAUUGUACUUACUUCUUGUCCUGGGCCACCAAAAAGUACUUUUGUCUUCAAAACUUUUGCCAUUCCAAAGAUCCAUACGCAAAACGAGACCACGCAACCUGCAAAAAUCGUCGAUCUCUCUUCUCACAUGCCAAACACUGCCACUGGUUCAUCAAGUUUAAGUGAUGUUCAGGGUCGAACAUUUGUCUCAAAGGGGGGUGAUGUCAGGGUUGAAGGAUAUUCUGACAGUGAUUUAGAUCUGCAGGAUAUCAUUGACAGACUAAACACAAACAAGAAUAAGAAGCGCAGAUUUAAAGCUAGAGCGCCAGCUACCAGGAUCAUUAAACAGCGAUUAACCUGGAUAGCUCACAACAUUACACAAACUAUAUUGGAUAAAAUCAACGUUCAAAUCUAA